UCUAUAAUUUGUUUUAACUUCACUUUUAUUAUUGUUGCUUUCUUUCACUUCUUUGCCACAAAGAAGUCCAGGUGCGCAGCCUGAAAUCACAAACCCUUUUUACCUGGCACAAAAGGCCAAACAUGAAUGACACUAAGUUCACAAUGCUGUGAUGCUGUGAUGUGCCAGUGGGGGCACCAAUCUAAAAUCUCUGGCUCCUUGAGGGUAAAGGGCAGUUUUUUUUUUUUUUUCUGAGUAUAAAUAUCAUUACAAAAAUCCAGUGAGCUUCAGACUUCAGUUGAAGACAUUACCAGAAGAUUUCAGCUCUGAACUUUCCAAGGACACACAGAGACUCCAGGUCUUCUCGCUGGCUUUUCUAAGAUGGUGGCACUUUCGAUGUACCUGAAGCAGCCAAACUUCAUUUACUUAUGUGCAUAUAUAUGGCUGGCAACGCUAACUGUGGCGACUGCUGGAUUUGGAAUACCUGAUUUCAUAAAACCCAGAAGCAAAACAAAGACUCAAGAGCCAAUGGAAGUGGCAGCUCUAGGAAGACCUCUGUCUCUUGGUAUGCUUUACGACUGCCGCAAAGAUUCCUUCAUUCCAGGUGUUACUCUGUGGGAUAAGAAAUCACUGAGUGAAAAUGUGGACAUUCGUCAUCAGACCUUGACAGAUUUGAAGUUCAGUAGCUCUGACUCUCUUUCUAGUAAGUCCAGCCUCCUGGAGGUAAGUGCUUCCCUGAAGAUCAGUUUCUUGUGGGGGCUUGUGGAGGUGGGAGGAUCUGGCAAGUAUCUGCGUGACACCAAAUCCUCCAACCAACAGUCCAGAGUUACAAUGUUUUACAGUGAAACCACAAGAUUUGAACAGCUCACUAUGUCCCAUCUGGGCCAGAUCACCUACCCUCAGGUGUUCGACCAGAAAACUGCAACUCAUGUGGUCGUUGCUGUGCUCUAUGGAGCUCAGGCGGUCAUGGUGUUUGAUCGAUCGAUUUCAGAAGAGGAAAACAAGCAGACGGUUGAGGGAGAAAUGGAUUAUAUCGUCAAGGGCAUCGCUGGAGUCAUUGAGGGAGGAGGAUCUGUAAAUAUGAAAGAUAAUGAAAAGAAAAUAGCUGAGAAGAUCUCCUGCACAUUUCAUGGUGACUUCUUACUUGAGCAGAAACCCACCACAUACAUGGAAGCCAUACAGACAUACAAGACGCUCCCCACUCUGCUGAAGAACGAUUCAAAUAAUGUGGUUCCAAUAAAGGUCUGGCUUUAUCCUCUUCAUCUACUGGACAAUAAGGCAGCUCAGCUGCAGAGAGAGAUUACCACAAGUCUGAUUUCUGACACUGAACAUAUAUUCGAGGAGCUGGGAGAGGCAGAGAGGACGUGCAAUGACCUGAUCGGAAACACGCUGGCCAAAGCUCUCAGUGACAUCAAAGAGAGGCUGCAAUUAUUUCAGAAAUCAUUUAGCACAUACAAGAUAAUGCUCCUGGAAGCAGUCCGCAGGGUCUUGCCUGCUAUUCGAGGAGGAGAGGAGGAGGAGAAGUCUCUGGAAGACAUCUUGAAGAUCCACAGGAGCUCCCCAUUCAGUGCUGGGAUGCUUAACCGGUGGCUAAAUAAUGCAAAGUCUGAACUUCAAAUCUUGAGUUCUAACAUCAAGACUCUACAGGGGAUCAAAAUUAAAGACUCGGUCGAUCUCAUGACCAUCUUAUUUGAUCCUGAUGUUGAUGCAGUGUUGAGCUUGACCUUCACAUCUCUGAAGUAUGAAGACCCAUAUCUUUCAACCCUGACUGAGUUUCUGAAAUCUGACAAGUUUAAAGAGCUAGAUGAGAAAAAAACUUUUUCUGUGAAAUCUGUUACAAAGUGGUUCAGUGAACACAGUGAGAUUAACACUGGGUUUUCUGUGACAUCUUUCACAAAAUGGUUCAAUGAUUUCAAAGUCGCAAUAAAGAUGAGAGAGAACUUGUCUCAAUUCAGGAGGUUUGCAGAAGCCAAUAAAGAUGAUAAGAGAAUCCGCUUCAUUAUUUCUGCCAUCUCCAAUCCCUCCAUUGCAGGCUCCUCUAUCUAUCUGUAUGAAAAAGGGAAACUGACAGACAGACAGUUUCAGCCCGUGUCCAAGCCGUCCCCACCGAUAGUGAAGAAUGUCCUGGCCCAAGCGGUGUCCCUUAAACUGCAGAAGAGAUCUGGAGAGAGAGUGCAGUACAGAGUGGAAUACAAGCAGGUGAAACCACAUACUGGAGCUGAAGAACCAUGGCUUUUUAUAGAAACAGGUGAUGAAGGUUACUUGAAUGGAUUGGAGUCUGGAAAGCAGUACCUGAUCCGCUACAGGAAGGCUGGUAAAGUGGGAGUGAGUGAAGCCAGUGAUACUGUCAACACUGUCCCUUUAGAACCUGUGAUUGUGGGCGGGACAGAUGGUGGUGAAUUCUCCUUUAAGUCCACUUUGAGCAACACCUUUCAGAAGAUCGUUGUAGUUUACAAUGAGAUGAGUUCAGCGUCUACCUCAUUCAAGUCUGUGACAUCACUGAACAUAAUAAAAGUGUAUCUCCAGGAUCACCAGUUUAUUCAAGUUGGCAGGGUAGCAGGAAAUAAAGAAAAAGUAUUUCUAUUUGACAUAACUGAUAAAAUUAUCACUGCAACACUGUGGCCAAAUAAGGAUGGUACCAGAUUUGGGGGGGUGGAAUUUGUGGUUGAAAAAAAUAAUGGUAGAAGAAUAACAAUGUCUAUCAAAUGUGCUGAAGUGGGUGAGCCUGUGAUUGUUAAUAUUGGAUCAGGAAAAUGUUACGGCAUUAAAGGGAGAAGUGGAGAUGUAAUUGAUGCUCUGGGUUUCUACUGCAGUUAGCCUCCAGCUUUAAAAGUCUGUUCUUUAUAAUUCUAAUCCAAAUACAUUUAUUUAUAUAUAUAUAUAUAUAUAUAUAUAUAUAUAUAUAUAUGAUUUUAAGAGUAAAAAAUAUCAGAUAUGAGUCAAUCAGUAAUAUUUUCUAGUAUCAACUGUUAUAACAUUUUUCCAGGUAAAUGGAACCAUAAACAAGUAACUCCAUUAACAAUUGAACAAGUUAAACAUAUCAAAUCUGAGUUAAUGAAUAAAUAGUGAUUGUAUUUGGGGGUUUGUAAGAGAGAACAAUGUACUGUAUAGCAUCUUAUUCUGGUUAAUUUGUCCAUCUUUAUAUUUCAUUUAUUCCAUUUUGUACCCUGUGAAAGUACAAAAACUCUUGAUGUUCAAUGACAAUAAAGAGCUUAACUUAAUAUUAAAGGGCCUGACACAAGCCUCUCUUUGUUUUUGUUUUUAAAGACAAGUGUGCAUUUCAUAUGACCUUUUACACUGCCUGGCCAAAAAAAAAAAAAAAAGUCUAUGGAUGGAUCAUUAUUAUAGUGAUUAUUAUGUUUCUAGCAUGUUAAAU